AAUGCUCUAAAAUUGAAGGCCUACGAAGAAGAUAAUCUGAUUCAAGCAGUAGGAAAAAUAGCAGCAUUAACUGAAACUGGAAACACUGGAGCAAUAUUUCUUGUAGACCAGAUUCUCAAUUUUGAUAAACGUUGCCCCAAAUGGAGUAAUGAUGUAAUUCGUGAAUGUAUUUUAUGGAAAUGUUAAAUCACCAAAAGGUUAUGAUCAUGCUCGUGUUAGAAAGCUGCUUCGUUUGCCUUGUAAGUCAACUCUUGCAAAGUAUGUAGGCCAAGCUUCAGGUGCAAUUGGCAUCACACCUUUAAUAAAGCAAAGGUUACGUACUGAAAAAGAGAAUUUUACAUCUGCAGAAGAAUGCUAUGCUUCAUUAAUUAUGGAUGAAAUGACUAUUGAUCAGAAGCUAGUUUAUGAUAAGCAGUUAGACAAAAUAUUUGGUUUUGCCGAAACAGGUGAACAUGGAGAGGUUUGUGAACCUCAAAAAGCAGCCAAUCGCAUGUUGUGCUUUCUCCUCAGGGGACUUUCAUCUUCUUAUGCAAUACCUGUUGGGUAUUUUUUCACAUACUGUUUAAAAGGUGCUGAACUGCUAAGGAUGAUGCUCGAUGUUUUGUCAGAAGUGGGAAGCUUAGGUUUUUCAGUGAUACAUAUUGUUGCUGAUAAUCAUCAGACAAAUACAGCCAUGUUCAAAGCUCUCGGAAAUGGAGAACUUUUACAUAAAAUACCUCAUCCGUGUAACACCAUUAGACCCCUCUUUCUGUCAUUUGAUCCAAAUCAUAUAAUUAAAAAUUUGCGAUCCAUAUUAUUGGAAAGAAAGAUGACAGAUGGAUAUGAAUGUAUUGAUGGAGGUUACUAUAUGAAGAUUCUUUUGGAUAUACAGAAAAAUAUUCUAAUUAAACCAGUCAGAUUCCUAACACGUGCACAUGUAUUUCCAACUAAUCUUGAAAAAAUGAAAGUAAAGAGAGCAAGAGACAUAUUCUUACCUGUUGUUAUUGGGACGCUUAAUUUUUUGAAAGACAACCCAUUUUGUCACAAAGAUGCCUCCCUUUUUUCUGGUUGUGGUGCAACGGUUAUGCUCAUGGAAAAUAUUAACAAGUGGUAUGAACUACAGGAUAUAAGUAACUGGAAUGAACAUCUGUUCUCCAUACUGCCAAACAAAAGACCAUUUUCUGAAAUUAAUGAGGAACGGCUCAAUUGGCUGCAGUUAGAUUUUCUUUUGUACAUGGAAUCAAUGAAAAAAGAAUGCAGUAAUAUGAAAAUGCAAUUUCUCACAAAAGAAACUUACAAUGCUCUCUACCUGACAACACUCAGCACAGUUGAUGUUGUAAAGUAUUUGCUGAAUACCGUCAAAUUCAGAUAUGUUUUGACGAGGAGAUUUAACAGUGAUCCAAUUGAGUCAUUCUUUAGCUGCAUUCGUCAGUUUAAUGGAGGAAAUGACAAAUUAGAUGCACGAUCAGCAUCUCUUACAACGCAAAUGAUUUUAAAAGUUGGUAUCUUACAGGCUGCACAGAAUGGAAAUGCACCAUGCUCUUCUUCCUCCUCAAAGUUGUUACCUGUUAUGACAGAAACCAAUUGUAAUGUUGAAGAUGAAGUCUGUAAAUUGCAUGAUUCUUCACUGUCUAUUUUACAAAAAUUGCAAUCCCUCACGCAAGACUGCAGUGUUCUUUGUACAAUUGAAAAUGCUUCUCUGGCAGUUAUCAGUGGCUAUUUAAUUAGAGUUCUUGAAGAGAAGGUUGCAUGCUAUGAGUGUCUUGAAAUCCUCAACCAUCCCGCAAGUAAUGGAGCUCUUUUUGGCUUAAUAUCAAACCAGGAUAGAGGACAGCUUCGGUAUCCGAGACCAGGGUUAGUGGGGGUAAUUAGAAUUCUUACAGAUUUUUUUGAUGACGUACUAACAUACACAAAUCCUUGCCAGGCUGGUUUGAAAGUUAAGCUGGUAAAGGUCAUUUUGCCAUACUUGAAAAACUGCCCAGUACUGUGGUGUAAGGCUAACACUGAUGGUGCACAGUCAAAUCACAAUAAUCGCAUGUGCAAUAUUAUAGCAACAAAGUUUGUUAGCCCUUUUCUGACCAAUUGGACUGGACAAUUAAGUCAAACUGUGGAAAAAGUUCUCAGACUGCAUCAUAAGCCCAUUUCUAGAAAAAUAUUAAAAGUCUAAUGUUAUCUAAUUCAUAUUGUAAAUUUUUGAUGAGGAGGAAGCUAAGUACAUUUCUGUUCUUUGACUAAAUUUUACAAACUGUAAAAUUCAGUCAAAAACAGUGUACACUUUAUUCAAUAAAUUAAUUUUUUUUAAUGUAAUAAGCUUUUGCUUUUUCUAUAAAGAAUUUUAUUUAUAUUAGAGAUGUAAACUGAAGCAAUGUUACUUUUACCAUAGUUAUAUCAGGUCAGUCCAUAAGUUUGUGUGCAUUUUAUGACUUUGAGAAAAAUCUUGUUUUUCUGUUAAAAAUGCCAGUCUAAUGUGAUACUUUUUACACUGAAGUGUUAAAUUGGAUCUC